GAUGCACGCGGCGUCCACAUUAUGCGGCAAUGCCAGCGCGGCGUCGGACGCAGCCAACGGCUCCUCCUGCUACCUGCUCGAUCCCUCGUGCGACCCGCAGGCGCAUUUUUUCGCAGAUGCGCAGUACAACCGCUACAGGCCACCCUCCGUGUACACGGACGCCGAAGGUGAACCGACAGUCGUAUAUUUCCAGCUUUUCAUCCAGAGCGCAUUUUACGCCUGUCCCGUAAACCAGGAGCUCUAUUUCGCGAGUCAGAUGGAAUACUCCUGGCUGGACGCGCGUCUCAACCUCAGUCUCUUGGUGGACGGCCAGCGAACGUCGCCCCUGCCCGAAGGCCUGUCGGACCGCCUCUGGAGGCCCCGCCUGGCCUUCUCGCCAGUCACGAAGCUCAGCCCACUCGACUCGCAAGCCGACCGGCGCUUGAGGUUCCGUGUAGCGCCUGACAACCGCAUUGUCGCGAGCCAAAGACUGAACUUUGCGCUCUGUUGCAACAUUGACUACAUCUACUAUCCAUUCGACGUUCACGUCUGCGACAUGUCCAUCGUAAAUACGGACAGCGACGACCACCAGUCGAUCUUGCGCUGGAUAGGAGACGAGCAAAGUCCGUUCCGCGUGUCAGAGAAAAGCAUCCACUUCGACACGAGCAAAGUCGGCGAGGGAACCUUCAAUUUCCUCGGCAUCCUGCCGCUCUUCGUGGUGGACGACUUGCCUGGCGGUGGGAGGCGCACGCGGCUCGUGGUGCGCGCCGCGUUCCGGCGCCAGCUGCUCGCCGUGCUGAUAGAUCCGCUCGGGCCGAGCCUGUUUCCCGUGCUGCUGUCUUGGACUGGCUUCUGGCUCGAUCCGAAACGUCCCGUGACUCGCGCGGCGCUCAUGGCGCUCUCGUUCGUGAUCCUGGAGCACCAGCAGGUGAGCCACUUCACCAGCAGGGCCCAGGAUCACCAGCUGCGCUCCAUCGACGUCUGGUACCUCAUCUGCCGGUGCUUCAUCAUGGCCGCGCUCCUCGAGUACGUCCUCAUACUGCACACGGCGGACAACUUGCAAGAUUGCUCCGUUCCUCCUUCGCCGCCUCGCGGUGCCACCUCAGGCGUCGACGUGUCCUCGCCGGCGUCGAUGGCCACCACGGCCGGCGGCUGCGGCAGCUCGCAGGCGAAGCUCGCAACUUCGUCCGCGACUUCGCCCGCAACCUCUGCAACGGCCGCGGGACUGGCACGCGUGGUGCGGCUUUCGCCUCAGGAAACGGACGACGCGUGCAAGACGUUCUUCCCGCUCGCCUUCUUGCUGGCGUCGCUGCUGUACGCCGGCGCCUUUGCCGGACCGUUGCUCACGUCCAAGGACUUCGCCAAGUUACCCGUCCGCUAUGCGGAGUGAGAAGGUCACACCCGACACGCCCGAGAUCGCUUGUUCAGUGGUGUGUCAAACACGUGAAACGCUUCUUCAUGAG